CGGGUCGAAAUUCAUGUUCUUCGAAGAUCGUCGCCAUUUGCAUUGUCUGCUUCGUUGCUUUUGACGUCCAUGCGUUUUUUCGUGGCCUCUUUGGCUGGCAGCAUCGAAGUAAACAGGAUGAAAGUCAAACUCUGAGCAGAGCCUCUUCCGUCCCAUCAUAAUUCUUUCCAAUCCUUCCGCCUUCUCAUCAGUCAGCACUCUUACUUCUUUACAGUGUGUUAAAGCAUCGUCAACCACUGCGUGAACCCAGUUCCUGGCCUGUCAAGACUCCUUUGGAGCGAUAUGGUACCUGAUUGAGCAGGCCUCUUGGACCGUACCAACUCUUGUAAGAAUCCCAUCACCCAUCAUUGUCGACGUCAGUCCAUCACCUUUUGCAUAUUAGCGUGUUUUGUCGUUGCUGCUCAACUUACCGACAGCGUUAACAGCGGCAGAACCGCGCGCUUAUCUGCGCUAGAAGAGUGACUGAAACAGAUCGAUAACGCCCCUUGGUCUAUGUCGACACAAUUUUCAGUACUAUUGGCAACCGAAGAGUUUACCUUGCGCCCUUGCCUUUCUUACAGUUGUCGGUCGCGACAGAUGAUAUAUAUUCCCCGCUUAGCAAUGGGCCCCUACAUGGCAAUUAUACCUCUCGUUCUUCAAUGUGCACCCAUUCUAUGCUCACCUCUCAUACCGAACUUGCUCUUGAACAACUCAGGCUCUGCCACAUCUUGAAUGGUGAAACUUGCCCGCCCAUAUCAUUUGCCGACUUUGCCACCUUUCUUACCAACAAGGACUACACUGCAGAGAACUUAGUCUUUGUCCUCUGGUACAGGGAUUACAGGUCAAAGUGGAAACAGGUGGAUAAAGCGGUGAAAAUAAGAGUGCCUGUCCCAAGCACUAUCCUCGGCCACCGAUACGAUCCGUUUGCCUAUCUUCACCACGGGCCAAUGAAUUUCCCUACGAAAGUUGGUGAGCAAGAAGUGGAAGAGAGCAGAAGCAGUUCAAUUUCUGCCGGUGCGUACUCGACGGAUGCAACAGCCCUGCACCCCAACGACGGCUCGGGCAAACCCUUGAGGAGUUGCUUUUCUAGAGUAAACUCUCAUUUUGCUGGAUCUCGGUUUGGGACGUCCUCCUCGACAUGCUCUUCUUCUCCUGCGCUACACGUUUUACAUCGCUCACACUCUCCAUAUCUUCCUGAUGGAACUACGUUUCUUCCGGUAGACGAACAACCCCUGAGAGACCAAGCGCUGCAAGCUUUUGCCACCUUUUUUAAAAAUGGUGGGAGCAAGGAGUUGAGCAUCAGUGACGAACUGCGAGAAUAUGUCAGAACAUGUCUUGAAGUUAGUAGCGCUCCUGAGUCCUUUCUGCCUGUGUUGGAGGAAAUUUAUCAUACCCUUGAAUCCCAAUGCCUACCGCGAUUUCUCGAGACUGCUAAAGGCAAUAUUAAUCGGCCUAAGCAGCUUUUAUGGUACUUUGCCGGUGUUAUUGGUCUUCUUAUCGGCCUCGCAAUCUUCCUUCUUCUCACCUUCCUUCUUCCGCCCAGCCCUUUUGGCCUUCGGACCUAUCGUCUCUUCUCCACCAUCUUCGUCUCUUUUGGAACCAUGCAGGUUUACUCCGCCUAUCGCGGGUUUUGCUCUCAAGUGUGGAGAAGAUCCAGUCGGCAGAUUUGGCCGUGGGAGUUAGAUGCACUAGAAGAUGAGCACUCGAAAGUCGGGGAUAUGAUCGGGAUACCCGCUAUUGUCGGAUGUGGACCCAAGCCCGAGGUGAAGGUACUGAAAGAAGUUGUUUUCCCAGAAGAGGUAAGACCGUUGUCUAAUCUUGGGGCGAUUCAAGAUUUCAAUUCAACAUGCAAGGUUAACAUACGAGAAAACUCGAUCAAUGCUUCGCAGGCGUCCCUCGAGAAAUCCGGUGAUUAUGACCUCUCCUCCCAAACGUUUGGCUUCCGCAACGCCCUUGCGCGACAAUUUGCCCCGAUAUGCGACACUUCUUCUUUAGAAGACAAAACGGGGUUAAUCUCACGGCCUUGCUGCAUGUGGCUUGGCAUCUUAGCGGCUAAGGGACACAAGCUCCCUAACCCCACACAGAGGGAAAUUUCGCCCUUUGCCUUCGAUUCCGGAGGAAAAGAAGGAGAAACAAGCCUCGGUAAUGCCACUAUUACUACGCCUUUCCCCCACUCUGUACCUGCUCAAUCCCUACAUCCCCUCACCUCUUUCAUGCUUAUUUCAAAUCCAAGAUCAACGAAGCACGAGGCCCGCGUGCCACCAAGGAGAAAAGCUCAUACGAAGAUACAAGUUUUUGGUCCUGAAAGGCUAGUUGAAGAUCCAAGAAUAAAAAAGGUUUACAGAGACAUAAAAAGGGAUAUCCUUAUAGCGGGAGGCAUAGUAUCAGCUUUAUGGAUUGUGGUAUGUCUAGUCGUGCCAUGUACUGCCUCCUCGUAGAAGACCAGAUGAGCGGAAGGUGUCUCCUUACCAUUCCUAGUCAUCUACCGUUAUUUCAAUGUGAGAGGGAAGAUAGGAGGGAAGAUAAAAGAGCAUGGGUUGAGGUAUUAUCAAAGACUUGUUUGAAUGAGCUCGCUUGGUUUCUACUACUAUGUACCGAGAUCUGUCGAGAGGAGCUUAACAGUUUCUAGUUGCGCACUGUACAAGCCAGG